AUGUCAGACAGCCACCUCUCCACGCCUGGCGAGAAGCGGCCUGCUUCUCAGGACACUCACACAUCACAAAUCAGGCCGAAGAGCAGCUUUCUCUCUGCGAACAAGGAUGCAUCCAUCGUAGUCGAGAAAAAGGAUCCAGAUGAUGAUGAUGAUGUUGUUGUGGAUGCCAAACUAACGCAAUCCGUUCAACCUGUUUCAUUUUUUUCGCUGUUCCAGUUUUCUACUUCAUUUGAGAUUAUAAUUGACAUUAUCGGUGUAGUCUGUGCGGCUGCUGCUGGCGCAGCUCAGCCUCUCAUGAGUUUGCUAUUUGGGAAUUUAACCCAAGAUUUUGUCAACUUCAGUUUGGCAGACAACAAUUAUACCGCAUCGUUGCAAAGCGGCAAUCCCACUGCCAUUGCACAAGCUCAACAGAUUCUGAACGCCGCUGCAGUUGGAUUUCGCAAGAGUUCUGCACUAGAUGCCUCCUAUCUGACAUACAUUGGUGUCGGCAUGUUUGUGUGCACAUAUGUGUACAUGACUGUUUGGACUUACACCGGCGAGGUUAAUGCGAAAAGAAUACGAGAACGGUAUCUCCAAGCGGUGCUCCGUCAGGAAAUUGCUUACUUCGAUGAUGUCGGAGCUGGAGAAGUCGCUACUCGCAUUCAAACCGAUACUCAUUUGGUACAACAAGGCAUAUCCGAAAAAGUCCCUAUCGUCGUGAGCUUCCUUGCCGCAUUCGUUACUGGUUUCGCCCUCGCAUAUGCUCGAUCAUGGCGCCUUGCUUUGGCAUUGACAUCGAUUUUUCCAUGCAUCGCCAUAACCGGAGCUGUCAUGAACAAAUUCGUCUCCAAGUAUAUGCAAAUGUCUCUCAACCAUAUCGCCGAGGGAGGAUCCCUUGCUGAAGAGGUCAUUUCCACUGUCAGAACUGCGCAAGCUUUCGGAGCUCAGAAAUUCUUGACGUCUUUGUAUGACAAGCACAUCGAUGGUUCCCGCAUUGCUAACUCCAAGGGUGCCAUCUGGAAUGGUGGAGGACUGGCCUGCUUCUUCUUUGUCAUUUAUUGCGCAUAUGCUCUCGCCUUUGACUUUGGUACUACCCUCAUUAAUGAGGGGCUCGCCAAUGCCGGUGCAGUCGUAAAUGUCUUCUUGGCUAUCUUGAUUGGUUCUUUCUCUCUGGCCCUUCUUGCACCUGAGAUGCAAGCAAUCACCAAUGGACGUGGAGCUGCAGCUAAGCUAUAUGCUACGAUCAAUCGUACUCCCUCAAUAGACUCCGCUGAUCCAGGAGGUCUGAGACCCGAAAAGGUCAUCGGCGAGAUCACUCUCGAGGACGUUAAAUUCAGUUAUCCAUCCCGCCCCAACGUCCAUAUCAUGAAAGGUCUCAGCAUAAAUUUCCCUGCUGGUAAGACUGCUGCACUCGUCGGGGCAUCUGGUUCUGGAAAGUCGACCAUCGUUUCACUUAUCGAGCGUUUCUAUGAUCCUUCGAGUGGCUCCGUCAAACUUGACGGUGUUGAUUUGCGGAAGCUGAACAUAAAGUGGUUGCGAUCUCAGAUCGGUUUAGUUUCCCAAGAACCCACACUCUUUGCGACAACGAUCAAAGGCAAUGUCUUGCACGGACUCAUCGGCACCCCAUACGAGAACGCCUCUGAAGAAGAGAAAUUCAAACUCAUUCGAGAAGCGUGUAUCAAGUCAAAUGCUGAUGGUUUCAUCACCAAGCUGCCACAAGGAUAUGAUACUUUGGUUGGCGAACGUGGGUUCUUGUUGUCAGGUGGGCAGAAGCAGCGUAUAGCUAUCGCUCGUGCCAUCGUUUCCGAUCCCCGCAUUCUCCUUCUUGACGAGGCCACUAGUGCGCUUGAUACGCAAUCCGAGGGUAUUGUUCAGGAUGCAUUGGACAAGGCUGCCGCUGGACGUACGACUAUCACCGUCGCUCACCGACUCUCAACGAUCAAAGAUGCAGAUAGGAUCUUUGUCAUGGGAGACGGCCUCGUUCUGGAGCAAGGUACCCAUAAUGAGCUAUUGGCCGAUGAGGACGGCGCAUACGCGCGCCUCGUCCAAGCACAAAAGCUGCGCGAGUCGCGUGAAGAUCAGAACAUCGAGAGCACAACAGCAGCCAGUGCCGAAGAAGAUAUGGAGAAGGCCAGCCUGGAAGAGAUUCCUCUCGAUCGCAAAUACACGAAUCAUUCAGUGACCAGCGAUAUCGUAAACAAAAGCAACGAAAAGAAAGGGAAGGCUGAGGUCGACGAAGACAAAUAUAGUUUGUUCUACUUGUUCAAACGUGUGGGAGCUCUUCACCGGGAAGGAUUGCAUCGCUAUGCAAUUGGUACUUUCUUUGCAAUUUGUACUGGCGCUGUUUAUCCUGUAUUUGGUAUCGUAUAUGGUCAAGCAAUUGCUGGAUUCUCUGCACCGACGAACGCUGAGAGACGUUAUGAUGGCGAUCGUAAUGCCCUAUGGUUCUUCAUCAUCGCUAUCUUGUCUGCAAUAUCUAUUGGCUUGCAAAAUUAUUACUUUGCAUCCUCUGCAGCAAUUUUGACAGCUAAAUUGCGGUCAAUCUCCUUCAAGGCUAUCCUUCGUCAAGACAUUGCAUACUUCGACAAGGAGGAGAACAGCACUGGUGCACUGACGUCGAAUCUGAGCGACAAUCCGCAGAAAGUGAACGGCCUCGCUGGCGUUACUCUUGGAGCAAUCGUGCAAGCAUGCGUCACAGUAAUCGCUGGGUCGGUGAUCGGAUUGUCCUAUGCAUGGCAGCCAGCUUUGGUCGGAAUGGCAUGUAUUCCUGUGCUUAUCUCUGCAGGCUAUAUUCGUCUGCGAGUGGUCGUCUUGAAGGACCAGCAGAAUAAGGCAGCACAUGAGUCGUCGGCGCAGCUUGCAUGCGAGGCUGCCGCAGCAAUCCGCACAGUCGCAUCGCUGACGCGCGAGGAAGACUUCCUACAGCUCUACAGCGCCAGCUUAGAAGGGCCCUUGCGCAGGUCGAAUCGCACUGCAUUAUGGAGUGGCUUGUUUUUCUCCCUUUCUCAAGCCAUGUCCUUCUUCGUCAUCUCAUUAAUUUUCUGGUAUGGUUCACUCCUCGUCUCGAAUUUCAAAAUUACCACCACGGGAUUCUUCGUUGCACUCAUGAGCACAACCUUCGGGGCAAUUCAAGCUGGCAAUGUCUUCGCCUUUGUACCGGAUAUCUCGUCCGCCAAGGGUGCUGGUGCAGCAAUCAUCAAGCUCAUCGAUUCAACCCCAGAGAUUGAUGCCGAGUCGCCUGAAGGGAAGAGUAUAUCUGGAGAAUUCGUUAAGGGCCAAAUUCGCUUUGAGAAUGUUCACUUCCGUUACCCCACUCGUCCUGGCACCCGUGUCCUCCGCGGCUUAACGUUCAAGGUUGAGCCAGGUACAUACAUCGCUUUGGUUGGUGCCAGUGGAUGCGGUAAAAGUACAGUUAUCCAGUUGAUUGAGCGAUUCUAUGAUCCGUUGUCAGGCCGAGUUCUUCUUGAUAACGAACCCGUCGACGAGUUCAAUAUUCAGGAAUACAGAAAGCAGCUUGCCCUUGUGUCCCAGGAACCAACACUCUACGCCGGCACCAUUCGCUUCAAUAUCCUGCUAGGUGCCAUCAAGCCAGAGUCUGAGGUAACUCAGGAGGAAAUUGAGGAUGUUUGCCGCAAUGCCAAUGUUUUGGAUUUCAUCAAAUCUCUUCCAAAUGGCUUUGACACUGAGGUCGGUGGGAAAGGGUCGCAACUUUCUGGUGGCCAAAAGCAGCGCAUUGCAAUAGCCCGUGCCCUACUUCGCAACCCGAAGGUCCUUCUACUAGAUGAAGCCACUUCAGCGUUAGAUUCGAAUUCUGAGAAGGUGGUGCAGGCGGCUCUUGAUCAAGCCGCCAAGGGUCGCACGACGAUAGCAAUAGCUCAUCGUCUUUCGACGAUUCAGAAUGCUGACUGCAUAUACUUCAUUAAGGAAGGCCGUGUCAGUGAAGCUGGUACUCACGACGAGCUCCUUUCGCUGAAGGGCGACUACUACGAAUAUGUCCAAUUGCAAGCAUUAAGCAAGAAAUAG